UUUCUUUAUCCUUCAAUGUCCUGUAGGCAAGCAGCCCUGGAGAUCACCGCUCGCUAUUGCAGCCGGGAGCUGGAGCAGUAUGGUCAGUGUGUGGCAGCCAAGCCUGAGUCAUGGCAGCGGGAUUGUCACCAUCUCAAGAUGAGCAUUGCUCGAUGUACAUCUUCCCACCCAAUCGUCCGUCAGAUUCGCCAAGCCUGUGCUGAACCUUUUGAGGCCUUUGAGGAAUGUCUUCGACAGAAUGAGGCAGCAGUGGGCAACUGUGCAGAGCAUGUGCGCCGCUUCCUGCAGUGUGCUGAACAAGUGCAGCCAUCACCUUCACCAGCUCUGGAUGCACAUCCACUUCCUGCUUCCUGAGGACACUCUGUAUCAUAGGAAAACUACAUGAGUGACUGGCCACUUGAUGCUUCCACCCUAAGAAUGGCUUGAUGGGACACGAAGGGGUAUGGACAUGGGCCAGGUUUUUCCCUGGACAUCAAGACACUGUAAAUAAAGACUCUUAUUUUAGGUUUGA